AUGGUUUCAUCCAUUGAAGAUGCAAGAGUUCACGUGGCGUUGCUCGCAUUGUACUUGAACAAAGCGGAAACACGUGACAAGAUUUGUAGGGCCAUCCAGUAUGGUUCCAAGUUCAUCAGCGGGGGUGAACCUGGCAUUGCAGCCACUGUGGACAAGAACACCAGUUUAGCGAGAAAAGUUUUCAGGCUUUUGAAGUCCGUCAAUGAGAUCCAGAAUCUUCUUAGUCCUGCCCCCAAGACAACCCCUCUAUUCUUGGUGCUGCUCGGAAGGAUUAAGAGUGCUUUGCUGGCUACUUUCCUUGGCUUGGAUCAAGUGGUGUGGCUGGGUCGUUCUGGAAUCUAUCAGAACAAGGAACGAAGUGAUCUGAUAGCCAAGCUUUCCCUUCACUGCUGGAUGUCUAGCUGUGGUGUUGGAUCCGUCAUUGAGGUCUGUGAGCUCUAUCGGCUGUCCAUCACUUGUGCCAAACUUGGCAAGGAAAUCCGUCGCGCUAAGGAGAAGAAGAACGCAACUGAGCAAGCCAAGCUGAAAGAUCAAUUGCUAGCUGCUUUAGCGAAGGCACGCCAGCGACAACUGAACUUUGUGAAGUCAACUACCGACAUUAUUGUUGCGAUUGGCCUGCUUCAGCUUGCACCAAAGACGGUCACACCUCGAGUCACUGGAGCAUUGGGCUUUUUUACUUCGCUAAUCUCUUGUUACCAGCUGUUGCCGGCUGCCCCAAGCGCAAAAUCCGCGUAG